UCUGGGCAAAAUAUUUUAUCUGGUAGGGCUUAGGCGAGGAACUCCAGCUUCGCGGUCGCAUCCACGCUGGUAAGCUCCGCAGGGAUCACCAUGAGGCCGUCCAGAUCUCUGCGCGCCACCAUCAGCGCCAGGCUCUUCUCCCCGGGGAGCUCCCGAUUCAUGAGCGUCCAGGCUGCGAGCAAAUCCGCGACGCCACAGCCAGCCCCGCCGCCGCCCCCGGCCACAGAGAGGACGAGCUUUGGCGGACUCAAGGACGAGGACAGGAUCUUCACCAAUCUCUACGGGAUCCACGACCCUUUCCUCAAGGGCGCCAUGGCCAGGGGCGAUUGGCACCGCACAAAGGACCUGGUGCUCAAGGGCCCCGACUGGAUCGUGAACGAGAUGAAGAAGUCUGGAUUGAGAGGCCGAGGAGGGGCGGGCUUUCCAUCCGGGCUCAAGUGGUCCUUCAUGCCAAAGGUCUCGGAUGGACGCCCGUCCUACUUGGUGGUGAACGCCGACGAGAGCGAGCCGGGGACUUGCAAGGACAGGGAGAUCAUGCGGCACGAUCCACACAAGCUCGUCGAGGGCUGCUUGAUCGCCGGCGUUGGAAUGCGAGCGAGAGCCGCGUAUAUCUACAUCCGUGGAGAGUACGUGAACGAGAGGAAGAACUUGGAGCGCGCGGUGAAAGAGGCCUACGCCGCUGGCUACAUUGGCAAGAACGCUUGUGGAUCCGGCUAUGACUUCGACAUCCACGUCCACUUUGGAGCCGGAGCUUACAUCUGCGGCGAGGAGACCGCGCUGCUCGAGAGCCUCGAGGGGAAGCAAGGGAAGCCGAGGCUCAAGCCACCGUUUCCAGCCAACGUCGGGCUCUACGGCUGCCCGACCACCGUCACCAACGUCGAGACGGUGGCGGUGUCGCCGACCAUCCUCCGCCGGGGGCCCGAGUGGUUCGCGAGCUUUGGCCGGAAGAACAACUCGGGGACGAAGCUCUUCUGCGUGUCGGGGCACGUAAACAAGCCAUGCACGGUGGAGGAGGAGAUGAGCAUCCCGCUCAAGGAGCUGAUCGAGCGGCACUGCGGGGGAGUGAGAGGCGGCUGGGACAACUUGCUGGCGAUCAUCCCCGGGGGAUCCUCGGUGCCGCUGCUGCCGAAGAAGAUCUGCGACGACGUGCUCAUGGACUUUGACGCGCUCAAGGCGGUCCAGUCGGGGCUGGGGACCGCGGCGGUGAUCGUCAUGGACAAGUCGACGGACGUGGUGGACGCCAUCGCCAGGCUCUCGUAUUUCUACAAGCACGAGAGCUGCGGCCAGUGCACGCCGUGCCGGGAGGGGACGGGGUGGCUGUGGACGCUCAUGGAGAGGAUGAAAGUCGGGAACGCGUACCUGGAGGAGAUUGAUAUGCUCCAGGAGGUGACCAAGCAGAUCGAGGGGCACACCAUCUGUGCGCUCGGGGAUGCGGCGGCGUGGCCGGUGCAAGGAUUGAUCCGGCACUUCCGGCCGGAGCUGGAGAGGAGGAUUUUGGAGCGUGCCAAGCGCGAGAAGCAGGCGGUGGCUGCCACGGCUUGAGCGAGCGAUGGAGAGCUGGCUAUGGUGGAAGAAGGAAGGACGAUUCACACAAGUGACAAUGACGAAGAAGAAGAAGCCAGUGGAAUAACAAAACGAACUCACAAUGUUUUGUAUCUAUAUUGUUGUGUUAUACAUCACGUAUCGAAAGGAAUAAGUUAUAGAAA